AUGAAUGACAGUAAGAGAGUCAAUUAAAAAGUCUUUAGAAAUUUGUCGCUUUUAGGUAAAGAGUUUACUGUAACAAAGGAAUUAGCAUAUUAGUCGUAGUGAAUGUAUCAAGCACUUUGGUUGACUAUUUUCGCAAUGCAAUUUUUGCUUUAGGAAUCUUAUUAAUACUUGUACAUAAAUAAUUAAAAAACAAAAAAAAAAAUUUUAAUCAUUGUUUUUCUAAUACAACCAAAUCUUAAAGUCCUAGAUAAUUAGAAAGUUAAGGUAUUAUGAUGUUCGAUAAAAAAAAUUUGAAUUGCAUCUUUAUGAAUCAAUAUAUAAAGCAAAAAUUAAAUAACAAAUCUUUAAAAGUUAAAAAAGUUGACUUCUCAAGCAAACAAUAGUUGGACCUCAAAUUUAAAAAUAUCGAAUUAAUUGAAUUAUUAAGUCAAUUUAAGUAAAAAAAAAUGGGUUCAAUGUAGAUAUUAGAUAGCGAUUUACUUCCAGAUCAUAUCAUUUCGAUUAGUUAAGAGGAGAAUAGCGAAUUGAUCAAUAUCACUUUUUAAGAUAGCAAAGAGCGAGACGAUUAUCUAAAAAGGCAAUAUUUAUAUUAAAUAAUGAAAUAAUUAUUCACAACUAUAUCUCAUGAAUUUGGAACACUCUUAAAUUUCAUUUUGGCUAUUGCACAAGUAGCCAUAGACAAAUAUCCCUCUCAAUAAUACUAUUAUUCAAUAAAAAAUACUUGCGAAAUUAUGCAUAACUUUAUUUUGGAUAUGGUAGAUUACAAUGAUAUUCUUGGUAGAUAAUUCAAAUUAUAAUUGGAACAAUUAGAUAUUUCUAAUAUCCUUGAAACUGUGACAACCUUGUUUCAAGAAUAGUGCAAACAAAAGUAAUUACAGUUAGAAUAUUUAAACUACAUACCAGAAGGUUAGUAAAUAAUAUCAGAUUAACGGAGAAUCAAGUAAAUCUUAAUUCAUUUAAUUUCUAAUGCUUAAAAGUUUACAAUAAAUGGUUCCAUAAUAAUAUCUGCUAAUUAAUUAAAUGAUGAAAAUGUAGAGUUCUCUGUCAAGGAUACUGGAAUUGGAAUGAGUAAGGAAGAUGAAAAGAAUUUAAGAGAAAUGUUAAAGUAGGAUUUUAAGAGUGAACACCACAUCACUGCUAAUACAGCUGGAUUUGGAUUAGGAUGCUAUUUAGCUAAUAAAUUGUGUUUGCAUUUGUCUAACUAACAAAAUGGUUUACAGUUCAAAAUCAAUGAUGUAGGAACAACAUUUUGGUUUAUGGUAUCUAAUAAUAUAUUGCCAACAUCCAGUUUAAAUGGCUUGGGUAUCUAAAAAGUGAAUAAAUAUUCAUAUAUUGAUCUGAAGUAAACAUAAAUUGAGAAAAAUGUUGGAAGAAGACUUAGUAGAAUGGGAAGUAGAGUGUCCUAGAAUUCAAUGCCAAAAGUGUUAUCAUAUAGGGGUUUGAUUGAUCAAAUUAAGGAAAACACCGAAAGUCUUAUAAACGAGGAAGUCAAUUCAAUUGAAAGGAAGACUAGGACUACAACUUUAAAUAGAAACAUUAAGCAAACUAUGAAAUUUCUAAUUGUAGAUGAUGAAAUGAUCAACAUCAUAGGUUUAUCACUCAUAUUAAAGAGAAUGAAUAUUGAGACUGACUAUGUCUUCAAUGGAAUUGAAUGUUUGAGAAAAGUGCAAGAAAAUAGAUAUGCUUAUUCUGGGAUAUUUAUGGACAUCAAUAUGCCUUUGAUGAACGGAUAUGAAACAAGUAGAAAUUUAAUAUCUCUUUAUGGAAAUCAAUUUAAAAUUAUUGCCUGCACUGCAUAUACAGACAGUGAUACCAAAUAACAAUGUUACGAUAUAGGGAUGAGCUACUUCUUGAAUAAACCAGUGAAUGUAAUAGAAUUAUAAAAAAUACUUAUUUAAUUUUAACAAUGA